AGAAAAUUUUAUUGAGAUAUUGGUCAAGCUAAAAAAUAUGUAAUAAGCUCAAAUAACAGCCAACUCAAAAUUUAUAGCCUACAUUUAGGCGUUUGUUAAAGAAACCCCGAUUUUUUUUUCUAAAUAAAACUGCAAACAAUUUAAAUAUAAAUUUUACAUUAUGCACAAAUUUCCACAUUUCGCCGUUAGCAGAAAUCGAUGCUAUGCCAAAAUGUAGGCAACUAGUUAUGGCAAACGAGUUGUAAGAACAAAAACAACACAGUUAGUGCACACAUUAAUGAUUGAUGGCCUUCUGCAGGCGCAAACUUGCGCAUGAAGUGACCGCCGAGUGUUGGCAAGUAAACAGUUGAAGGACAGUUGGAAGCAGCUCUAGCAGCAGCAGCACCAACAAAAACAGCAACAUUAUUUCGCAACAGCUGACUGCGCUCGAAACCUACCCCCACAGACGGAAUUUAUAGAACUCUAAAAAUGGCAUCACAACAACCGCAACUCAAACAACGAUCGCUUCAGCGAAUGAUGAUAAAAGAAUGUGAGAUAAAAUUAAAAUUUGAAAGAUAAAAAUUUCUCACAACGAAUACUGUUAUCAAAUGCCAACAACCACUCGUUGUGCUAAAGUGUUUUUAGAUAAUUAACGAAGAACUUAAACAACAACAACAACUCAACUAAAUAGGCACUGAUAGUGCGAAGUGUGGCAAGAUGUGCUCCACAACACAAUUUUGUUUACUUAACCUGCGUACAUAUUUAAUAUAUUUAUGCUGUUAUCUACUCAUAAUGGUGGCGGCGGGUAGCCGUGUAGUUAACGGUCUAAAAUGUUAUUGUAAUCCGAAGGAGUGUGAUGUCAUACGUUCGUUGGAUUGUCCGGGCAAGGGUCUGAUGCUGUGGGACCCAUGCAAAUGCUGUCGUAUUUGUGCCAAAACACUUGGCGAAACUUGUGGCGGUCCUGGUGGUUUCUCUGGCCAAUGUGAGCCACCACUACAGUGUGUUGCAAAAAUACCCAUCAACAGUGGACUGGGUGUUUGCAUGGAUCUACCCUCUUCAUCGUCAUCCCUGCAUAACACAUAUCACAGCAGCAGUAGUAUAUACAAUAGAAAUUGUACAAAUGAUGAGACAAUAGUGAUAGAGCCUGGUUGCGAAAUCACCAAUAAACGCUGCCAAUGCUGGCCAACGUUACGUCUGUGCCGUACAAAUACCAUCGAUGAUACCGAUGCACCGGCGACGACAGACAUACGAUGGCAUUUCAAAACGUUAGAGGACUGCCAGUUAAAUUUACAAAAUUUAAUCAAAAUCGAAAUGGAAUUCGAUGAAGAUUAUACAAUUGCGCCGAGUACAUUUACAUAUAAGAAAUUGCGAAGGAAGCGCAGAUCUUUAAGGAGACGUAGAAUGGCCAUAACACACUAAGGAUACAGCGAAUUUCUAAAUGUUCCUGUCCAACCACAUAGAACCAACUACCACCACCAACAAAAACAAA